UCGGCAAACUGCCAGUUUGUGUACUCUAAUUGCUUUCAACUCCGCGCCUACUUCUUUCUUGUUGUUCAUGGCGUCUGGCGGAGGAAAUGCGGUGGUGGAAUGGCACCAGAGACCAUCAAACCCUAAGAACCCUAUUGUCUUCUUUGACAUCACUAUUGGAACCAUAGCUGCUGGAAGAAUCAAGAUGGAGCUCUUCGCUGAUAUCGCUCCCAAAACCGCUGAAAAUUUCAGGCAGUUCUGCACUGGAGAAUACAGAAAAGCAGGAUUACCAGUUGGGUACAAAGGGUGUCACUUUCAUAGAGUGAUUAAAGAUUUCAUGAUUCAAGCUGGUGAUUUUCUCAAGGGUGACGGUAGUGGAUGUGUAUCGAUCUAUGGAAGUAAAUUUGACGAUGAAAAUUUCAUUGCGAAGCAUACUGGCCCUGGACUGCUGUCAAUGGCAAAUAGUGGAGCCAAUACCAAUGGAUGCCAGUUCUUUCUCACAUGCUCCAAGUGUGACUGGCUUGACAAUAAGCAUGUAGUCUUUGGGAGGGUGCUUGGAGAUGGUCUUUUGGUUCUCAGAAAGAUAGAGAAUGUGGCGACUGGACCUAACAACAAACCUAAACUUGCUUGCGUCAUCGCAGAAUGCGGGGAAAUGUAGAUUGAAACCUGUAUGAUGUAUUAUGCUCCAGUAACUUCUCGGGUAUAGAUACUUAGAACACUAAUUUGGGGGUUAUUCUGGUCUACGAAAUCCUUUUUUUUUAUCUUUGAUUUUCUGUGUUGGAAGGUCAAAAAAAGAAAAAGAACUGCAUGGUAACAGAUACCUUAAUAAAAAAUGAAAGUAUAUGGUUAAGCGCGGCAAAUUAUUUUCUUA